CGCAGACGGAGCGUGCUGACCAGAGGGGGAGGUGGCCGGGUGCUUCUCCCGCGUCCGCCAUUUUGUUGCUGUGGCUGUUGGGAACGGGCUGGGCAAAACCGCCCCGGAGGCGCGACUCUCCCUGGAGUUUAGUGCUUGGAGUGGCGGCGGAGGUCGGUGCAGAGCCGUAGGGGCGCGAGGCCGGCGCGUUCCAGGCCAGAAGUGACUGGAGCGCACCCCUGGUACGCUGGGCAGCCCGAGACCCCGGGGCGGCCUCCGCUGCGGCUCGGCUUCGCCCGCCCCGACCCCGGGCUCUGCCCCGCAUUCCCCGAGCCGGCUCCCUCCGUGAGGCGACCCCGGAGCAGGCGGGCGGCGGCGGCGGGGGAUGCUGCGGGCCCGGAGCCGAGAGGAAGGUGCUGGCUCGGCCUUGUAAGCGCGCCUCGAGGUGUGUCGAGGCCCUUCUUCGGCCCCAAAGCCGUUUGUCGGGCAGAGGCGACCAGAGCAGGCGAGAGCAGCCGCGCCCCGACCCGCCGCAGGGCCCCGUUCCGACACCAUGUCCUCCGCCAGGUUCGACUCCUCAGACCGCUCCGCCUGGUACAUGGGGCCGGUGUCGCGCCAAGAGGCACAGACCCGGCUCCAAGGUCAGCGCCACGGCGUGUUCCUGGUCCGCGACUCCUCCACCUGCCCCGGGGACUAUGUGCUGUCCGUGUCCGAGAACUCGCGGGUCUCCCACUACAUCAUCAACUCGCUGCCCAACCGCCGUUUUAAGAUCGGGGACCAGGAGUUUGACCACUUGCCCGCCCUGCUGGAGUUCUACAAGAUCCAUUACCUGGACACCACCACCCUCAUCGAGCCCGCGCCCAGGUAUCCGAGCCUGCCAGUGGGGUCUGUAUCAGCACCCAACCUGCCUACGGCAGAAGAAAAUCUGGAGUAUGUACGGACUCUCUAUGAUUUUCCUGGGAAUGAUGCCGAAGACCUGCCCUUUAAGAAGGGUGAGAUCCUGGUGAUAAUAGAGAAGCCUGAAGAACAGUGGUGGAGUGCCCGGAACAAGGAUGGUCGGGUUGGGAUGAUUCCUGUCCCUUAUGUUGAAAAGCUUGUGAGAUCCUCACCACACGGAAAGCAUGGAAAUAGGAAUUCCAACAGUUAUGGGAUCCCAGAACCUGCUCAUGCGUAUGCUCAACCUCAGACCACAACUCCUCUACCUGCAGUUUCCGGUACUCCUGGGGCAGCGAUCAACCCUUUGCCAUCCACACAGAAUGGACCUGUCUUUGCAAAAGCAAUCCAGAAAAGAGUACCCUGUGCUUACGACAAGACUGCCUUGGCAUUAGAGGUUGGUGACAUUGUGAAAGUCACAAGGAUGAAUAUAAAUGGCCAGUGGGAAGGGGAAGUGAAUGGGCGCAAAGGGCUUUUCCCCUUUACGCACGUCAAAAUCAUUGACCCUCAAAACCCGGAUGAAAAUGAGUGAUUGCUGUUGCCCUGUUUCCUGCUGCUUCGUUGUUCUGCCUGUCAUAGUCUCCUUUGAAGUGGGAAAGCAUCCUCUCUCAUAGGCAAGUUACACUGCGUUGCUGACGUCCAGCUUUCUGCAGACUGACGGUCUCUCAUACACAUUUGGAAUGCACACAGUGGCUGCCUCGGCAUUUGUAUCAUAGUCGUAUUGUCAAAGAGUAGCCAAUUUUAGAGUUCUUUUGGAUCAUAAACUGGAAAUACUGGUGGAAGCACACAAGUGGAGAGAAGUUGACAAGGAAGGGGUCUGUCUUCUCAUCACUGCCCUGUUUGUACUUGUGACUGAUUUUGUCAUGUUCUUCAGAGAAAGCUUGAGGCUGUGGUGAGACAUUGCACGUUGCUAUUCCACAAAGCAGUGGCUCCGUCGCCAUUUUGUUUUUCCUUUGAAGAACAGAGGAAAUAAACCUUAAAGAAGAGGGAAUUCUGUCCUAACUCCCCAAAUCUGGCUUUUCUUUUUUUCUUUUGAUUUGGUUUGGUUUUGGAAGACUUAACUAAUAAGACUUGUGUGUUCUGAACAAACUUUUUAAGUAGGUUGGAUUUUUGUGAUAAUACAAGGAAUGACACGUGCCUCUGAGCUUCUAAACUGAAGCUUCUGUAACUAAAGGAAUAU